AUGGCAGAUGAACCAGGUAUGAUCUUCGUGAUGGGGCUUUCUGGAGUCGGAAAGUCCCAUUUUGUCAACCUCCUCGACCCCGGCUCAGUAAAGGAAGGUGCAGGACUUCACGCUCAGACCAAAGAAUGCCAGAUCGUCAAGAUGAGAAUUCUCACAGAAGCUGUUUGUGUUGUCGACACGCCUGGUUUCAACGACACAAUGCGCAGCGACGCGGAAGUUCUGGCAACUAUAUCGAACUUCCUUGUCGCUCAGCAUGCGCUCGGGGUGCCCCUAAAGGGCAUUAUCUGGCUACACCCGAUCGACGAGAGAAGAAUGCGCGGCUCCGACGUCGACAGCCUUCUCAUGUUUCAGGACCUGUGUGGUCAAGAAGCAAUGAAGAACGUGACGCUUUUGACAACCAGAUGGGACGUUGUCGAGAACCCGACCAAGGGCUCCAAGAACGAACGAGAGUUGAAGAGAGACUUUUGGAGAGACAUGAUCUCAUACGGUUCUAGAGUCCAACGGUUUGAUGGGACCUCCGAUAUGGCAUGUGCCAUCAUAGAGCGUAUUCUCAGGAAUCAUGAGGUUGUACUGCAGGUCCAGAAGGAUAUCUUGGCGGAGGGAAAGACUUUGGAGGAAACCAGUGCAGCUCAGCGUAUCGUUCCUCGACUGGACGAAAAGCUCCGGGAGAAACGGGAGAGGAUUCGUGUUCUCAAGAAGAAUGUGGAAGUGGCGGCCUGCGAAGAUGACAGACAGGUGCAGAAGAAAUGGGAAGAGAAGCUGAAUCAAGCCGUGCGGGAAGAAGAGAGGAUUCGAGCCAGCCGCAAGAGACUCCGCGCCGACCUUGGGCGAGAGGUAAAUGGGAAAAUCGAGGCGGAGAAGAAAGGGCGCAAGUGGAAAGACAAGGUGCUGAUGGAUGAGCGAGAUGAACUUGAGGAAGACCUGAUGGACUCGAGAUGGACGAGCUACCACCACAUCGACGACAACGAGCUCACCGCACGGUUCAAAAAUCUGGAUUUUAUCAUAAAACAGACUGCAAAGAAUAACUACUGCAGCCCGGAAAAGCUGAUGAGAGAUGGCGGUAGUGUCGACAGUUUUGCAAAUCGGCAGAACAACAAGUUCGCACGCCUGACACUCAACUUUCAGAAUUACUUGCAUGGGCCGCAUAGGGUAUUCAUCAUUCAAGCCUACAUUUGGCGCUAUCUUGUCGACGUUGUUUUCAAUUCGACGCGGGCUAUCUGGGCUGGGCACAUGUCAAAAGAAUUCGAGGCUUUUAUCAAGAAGCUGAUAGUUUUUCACAAGACAUACGAGAUUGAGAGUGAUGAUUACCAUCAGUGGAGAGCACAGUCAGUUGCGUUGAUCACUGGUAUUGGCCGAGACCGGUCAGGUUACGAAGAUUCUAUCAGUUUACUGGGAAACACGCUAUGGAAAGAGUUACAUCCUCACCAAAGUAAUGACGCCAGACCCGAAUCUAUGCGAAAAAUCGUAGCGAUAGCCGCAGAGCUCGACAUGGAAAUGUCAAAAUGUCGGGUAUGGUACCAGAUCUUCAUGGUCGAGGUGAGCGAGACGGUGAACGAGGCUACAGGCGGGCGGCCUGACCUUCCGCGACCCAAACAGAAGCCUACGGUAUUCAGCAGGAGCGACAUGGAAGAGAUUGUGCCGCUAAAGGGACCAAACGGUUGUGGCAGAUUCGAUACCGGCUUGACACAACAUCCGAUUAUGCCUCUGAAGUAUCUCAUCGAGCCGGCCGGCGUCUUCCUGGGAAUUGCCCACGACAUCAAACGCAGCGGUAACGGCCAGAACGACUUGAGGGCGGCGAACCCCAGACCCAAGCUCCCGUCGACAUAA